GGCAGAGCUGCUUCUCUAUUUCUCUCUGCUCUCUCUCUCUCUCUAUUUCGCUGACAAAAACACACGCAGGUAGGAGGGCUCACCCCCUCAAACUCUCCCUGCCUGCACCAUGCUGCCCUGGAAAAGAAGUAAGUUUGUUCUGGUGCAGGAUGAGGCCAAGAUCAAGCCUAAGAGACUGAUAGCUGGGCUGACCUACCAGUCCAUCCUCUCCUCCCUGAUGCGCUCCUGUCCCGACCUGCUCCCCGACUCGACCACCUUCAACUGGCUGGGCUCCAUCUUCCAGACCAAGAGGCAGAAGGUGGAACUCAACAAGGAGGAGCCCACCUACACCGUACGUUACCUGGGGAGCAUUGUCACCAUCACGGCUAAAGGAGGAGGCUGUACACAGGACCCAGUGGCUAAGAUCUGGCAAAGGAGUAACUACGGAGAGCAKAGCGUCAAGAUGAKRUUAACMGUGGGWCYUCAGGGMAUCCRGAUGGGCACMGACAAGACRGGCAAGAAGAARCCCACCMACCUMUACUCUCUGAACCGGAUCACCUACUGCACAGCUGACCCCUGCCGACCCAAGAUCCUAGCCUGGAUCUACAGACAUCARGUCAAGAACAAGGCKGUGGUUCUCMGGUGCCAUGCYGUUCURGUCAGCAAGUCRGAGAAGGCCAGGGCCAUCGCACAUAGUCUYUACCAGACGUCCACCUCAGCCUUCAGUGAGUUCAAGCGGCUGAAGAGGCAGAGUGAUUUCAGGCACUGCCAACAGCAGCUGCUGGGGGAGGACAUGGUGCCGUUGAUGCCCCUAAGGAGGCUGCUCAAUGGGCAGUGCCACUACCGGCCACCUGCCGACAGCCCUGGAGGCCCCAGUACCACCGGUCUCUGCUCCAUCGCAGAGGAGGAAGAAGAGGAGGAGGAGGAAGAGGAGGAAGAGGAAGAAGAUGAAAGGGAGGUGGAGGAAGAGGGGUACGAGGCAGAUGAGGAAACUCUAUCGGACACUGACCUAACUCAUUCAUAUGGGUCAUGUGAGAUGAACCUAGGGGACAUAUUUGAUGGACUGGACGAGUGUUAUAUCAACAUCAACAUAAACAUCAGCGACAGCAACAACAACACACUGACAUUUGUCAGCUCUCUAGUGUGAGACGACAGAACAUGGACAUGGAUAUCAUAUCACAUCAUCACAGAGCCACAUUCCUUCUCUUCUCCUUCACUGUCUGGUCCCUUUCUAUCACAGGUUAUGUCCUGCUUUAUCACAGUGUGAAGAGGAUAGAUUCUGUCUGUCAGGAAAGUUCUUCCCCAGGAUUCAUUUUUACAGAUGGCUCAGACAGACAUUGGCUUGACAAUUUCAGUUGACUAUAGCAAUUUUGUGAGAGUAUUUACAAAGAGGGCUGCGAGAAAGUGAUAAUAGCACAAUGUAAAGGGAAUAAUCUAAGAUACUAUUGAGAGAACUAGCACUGACUGAGCUUGUCAUAAUAUUGCCAUGCCAGGUGUACACAGCACCCUAAGCCCAAGGUGUGUUUACUUCUGUUUUCCUUGAUAUUUUGUAAGUACAGUAACAUUAAUGUUUGUUGCCAUGAGUGAUUUUCAAUUAACUUGUACUUUUUUCAGAGGUUAUUUGUAUGAAAAAUAUGUAUACUUUCUACUAAGACAAUCUGUAUAAUGUAAUUUCCACACUUGACCUUUCUGAGUGCAUUUAACCCUGAGGAGAAGUUUAAUAAAAUGUCACUACAGUAUAACCCCUGCAAAUGAAUGAAUUAGGUUAUAAUUUAGGAAUCAAGCCAUUGAGUUGACAUAUUUAUUGCUGACAUUUGUUAAAGCCCUGUGUAUCAUUUAUGCAUGACAAGUCAGCAGUGAUGUUUAACGCUUAGUCUUUUGUCUUUCUUAAUGGGACACCUUUGAUCUCAAAGCUGUUAUGCUAUACAGUAACUCCACACUGGGAUGCAUUUCUGACCAAGGAGAGUUUGAAGAAAUAUGUCUAGUUUUUGUGCAUUUGUUUUUCCUAUGAACAAAACAGAACUACAUUCCCCUGAAGGUGUACUAGAUUUCUAUCAACAGGAUUAAGGCUGUAUGUUUGCUUGACUGCCAAAAUGGCAGAGAUACUGAGGACAGAAAGGUACAUCUCUUCUUUACCGAUGGAUGGACCAGACUGCUAAAUAUUUUGGCUAUUCUUUUAUCAAAUUUCAUAAAGAUAAAAUCUUUACUAUUUAACAAAACCAUUGUGAUCGGGGUCCACAUGGGAUCUACAUGAGAUUAAGUGAUUUUCAAAAUGUGUUGAAUAAAAUACCCUCACUUUUA